AUUCGGCCAGUUAAGUACCUGGAUGGGUGACCGAGUAAAAACCUGCUUACUUCACGUCAAUACUCUCCCUUUUCUCAUAUGAUCUAUUUAUACUUAGCAGUGUCCCAAAUUAGAAUAUAGAAAGAAUGUAAAUAAUUCACUCGAGGUAGGCUUGAAUUUACGUAAAAAUUUGGCGCACAGGCUGGUUGAUUCUCGAUACACGAAUUUCUCUCGCACACCUCCGCAUCGACAGCCUCGAUAAGAAGUUACGUAUCGAGAUAUCUCGUAUAGACCGCGAAUUCUGAGAAUCGGAAAUCGACCCAAACUUCCGAUUUCAAAAUCCGAUUAAGAUUCAGCUCGCGACCCAAGCCUGUAAGUCAUCCUAUCCUACGUUCCACCAUGCAUCACGUUGUUGUAGCACCUCCACUUUACUAUCACCAGUAUCACCACCCAGACCUUCCAGAUCGUCACUUGCUUCCAACAGUACCUGACUUAACUGAGCCGAGGUCGUCAGGCUCGUGAUAAACGAUUUAAAGAAUUCGAUCGCCUACGACGAUGACAAUAAAAGUUUUCCAUCAUCGCUUGACCACUCGGUGUUUUGACGUCUUGGUGUGGUCGCUCUUCGGUUUGACAGUGGCCGUUUGCGUUUCCUCCACGGAAUCUGCGAGGAAGAAUCAGGUUAGGUUUUCCGACGAUGUCAUAGUUUUUCCGAAAGAAGAGGUUUUGGCCGGGAAGGGAAAGAGGAGCGAGAAUGAGGAGUAUAAGAUGCCAGGGUUGUUCCACCACGACCCGGAGUUCCAUAAGCUGCAUCCGGAGUUUUCCGUCAGGAGGAGAGAUCACGAUGACGCGAUCCAGAGGAAUCCAGAAGUCUACAAGAUCCGAGGUGAUAAGAGUCAGAAGGAUGACUUGGAGGUCUAUGAACAGAAUGUAACAAUCCCCCUCGAUUUGAUUCAAGAGAUUAAUGAGAUAGGGGACUUGAACGAGAUAGCUAGGAGAUUUGUGGAAGGGGACGAACAGGUGUACCCUGAUACUUCGAUAUUAACAGAUCGGUUUGGAGCAGGAGAAAGAAAUGCUGCUGUCAAGCCUAAAUCUGCAGGUUGCAUGCCUGAAUUACAAACGGUGCAAUUAGCAACUUCCCUAGAUGCUAGCAUCUUGUACAUCCCACAAUGUACAAGAAUCGAGAGAUGCGGUGGCUGUUGCAGCCAUCAUUUACUAAGUUGCCAACCGGUUGAAACCCAACCGGUCAGUUAUUCAGUUCUGAAGACUCAGUAUGUCGGUGGUAAAAACCUGAAACUUGUUGGCAAAGAAAUUGUGGUUUUGGAGAAACACACCAAGUGUAAAUGUGACUGUAAAGUGAAACCAGAAGACUGUAAUAGAUUCCAAGUGUAUAAAAAGUCAGAAUGUCGUUGUGCUUGUACCAAUACAGAUGAAGAGAAGAAAUGUUACAGAAAGAAUCAAACAAAGUUAUGGGAUCCACAACUUUGUAGUUGUGUAUGUAGAGAAGUGGCAGAAUGUUCAACGGGAUUCGAAUUUGACCCAAUUGAAUGCAGAUGUAGUCGAGUACCACCAAGAAAUAGAUACACUGAAGCAGAACCAAGAAUCGACUAUGAGAAAUAACUAAACCCACUCAAACUAAAUUAUAACCAAAUAUUCUGUCCAAAUGUGAUAUUUUAAAUGUACAUUAUCUAAAUUAUUACUCCAUACAUAAAAUAAUAAAUUGUUAUGUUUGAAGUUUA